CCAACAUUCCUCAACCUCAAGUUGACCGACCACUAAGGUUUUUUUUUUUGGUGCUGUAGAGGUUUUGGAGUAAAGCAAAGAAGUGAAAAAGCACAUGACUUGUGCUUUAAGCGUAGAUAUUGUAGACAAAUAAGUCCUCUUUCUUCAUGUACUUUUAAGCCAAGCCAUUAAACCUCCCAUUAAUUAGUAUUCAUAUAAAUUCAACCUCAAACCAUUAAUCUCUGCAAAGAACUCUCGGAAUAUAAUUAAAAUCAAGCAUCUUCUCUAGGUGUUUUGAUUGAUAUGCAUAUGAUGGACAAGCUCUUCCUUCUUUCCCUUAUUGGUCUGUUAAUGCUAACCGCUUAUGGAGUUGCAGCGAAAAUGGUGUACACUGAUCUUGACAUCCUUGAGAAGCUUGAGAACUUUGACAUACCUGAAGAUGAUGAUGCUGACGAUGAUGACUAUGGUACAAAGCUCCAUGACUUGCCGUCUUUCACAAGCCGAAGCUCUGGUAAGAAUCUAGUGAAUGUGGAUACAUUUGGUGCUGCUGGAGAUGGAGUUUCUGAUGAUACUCAGGCAUUCGUGAGCGCAUGGAACAAGGCAUGUGGUAUGCCAAAAUCUGUGUUGUUGGUACCACAAGGAAGGACUUAUUUAAUAAAUGCAACAAAGUUUAAUGGUCCAUGUGAAACAAAGUUGGUCAUUCAGAUCGAGGGAACAAUAGUGGCACCAGAUGAGCCUAGCAACUGGGACCCAAAGUUCCAAAGAAUCUGGCUAGAGUUUUCGAAACUCAAAGGGGUUGUGUUCAAAGGGAACGGAGUUAUAGAUGGUUCUGGCACCAAAUGGUGGGCUGCUUCUUGCAAGAAAAACAAGUCUAAUCCUUGCAAAAGUGCACCAACGGCACUAACUAUAGAAUCUAGUUCAGGUGUGAAAGUAAGUGGCUUGACGAUCCAAAACAGCCAGCAGAUGAAUUUCAUCAUUGCAAGAUCAAACUCAGUCCGAGUCUCCAAAGUUAUGGUCUCUUCACCAGGAGAUAGUCCCAACACUGAUGGUAUCCAUAUCACUGGUUCUACCAAUGUUGUCCUUCAAGACUGCAAAAUCGGCACAGGGGAUGAUUGUGUCUCUAUUGUGAACGCAAGCUCGAAUAUAAAGAUGAAGAGGAUCUAUUGUGGACCUGGACAUGGAAUCAGCAUUGGAAGUCUUGGGAAUAAUAACUCAACAGGCAUUGUAACAGACGUUGUGUUGGACACUGCCUUCUUGAAAGAGACAACUAAUGGACUCAGAAUCAAAACAUAUCAGGGAGGUUCUGGUUAUGUUCAAGAUGUUCGAUUCACUAACGUUCAGAUGCAAGACGUCUCUAACCCGAUACUCAUUGAUCAGUUCUACUGCGAUAAUCCAACUUCAUGUCAAAACCAGACUUCGGCGGUUAAGAUCAGCCAGAUAAUGUACCGGAACAUAACCGGGACAACGAAAAGCGAAAAAGCCAUCAAAUUUGCAUGCAGCGAUACAGUUCCUUGCAGCCACAUUGUCCUCAACAAUGUGAAUCUUGAAGGCAGAGACGGUCAAGUCGAAGCUUACUGUAACUCAGCUGAAGGUUUUGGGUAUGGAGUGAUUCAUCCAUCUGCUGAUUGUCUGUACUCGCACGACAACAAGGGCUUGGACCAGGGUCACAAGUCAGAACCUGUUUUGGUAACCGAGGAAGCUGAGAUUGGUCACGACGAGCUUUGAUGAUGGUGGUGAUGCUCUAAGCGUUGGUAGUGAGGGAUGGUAUGUGUAAUAUAGUUUUCUGAAGCAUAUGAUACAGUAAAAGAAAGAUUUUUAUUUUUUAGUCAACCAUAAGAUUGUUCUUCACAGUAUUUUGUCCACCUUUUGUAUCAUAUAACAACUACAAGUCAUGUACACGUUUCUUCUACAUUAAAAGUUUUUAUGUUAAUGAAAUUUAUUUACGUA